AUGGGUGAAUCGAAAACCGUUGAGGAAUUGAGGGGGCUUUUGCAACAAGCCGAAGAACGGGCUAAGGCAGCGGAACAAGAACGACAGCGAGAACGACAACGCGCCGAGGCUGCGGAAAAAGGACGACAGCAAGAACAACAGCGUGCGGACAGAGAACGAGAACGCGCCGAGGUAGCAGAACAACAAACACAGCGUACAUCACUUGAUGAAUACAUCACUGCCUGCCAUUCCCUCGUUUACGCCAAAUUCACUAUUGAAACGGACCGUAGGCUGACCUCCAAGGGUCCCAUCACAAACCCGCGGGAUAAGUUGUGUCCAACCAAUCUCCGCCCGUGGUCCGACUUCCUACAGCAACAGAGCAUUGUCUUCGGCACUCUCUACGACACUUUCUCUACCGACAAACGCUGUUUCGAGACCCUGUCGUUCCUGUCUGGCCUGGGAAGCAGGAUCGCGAAGCGCAAGAUCACUGACGAGAAGGCCCUCGAGUACUUCCUGCAUAACAGCGUCGAAGAUCCCGUCAAAGCAAUCAUGGACGAGCUCAAGAAGGUGGAAGAAGUAAAGAAUGCGUUCGAUCUGGGCAACGGAAUCGUCUUCGAGAACCACCCGCAUGCGCUCAGCGAGACAGCCGCGGAGGUAAUCGAACGCAACCUCCCAUCGACACCCCCUUCCACACCGUACAACAGCAAAGUCAACCUCCAACAGCUACGGGCCGAUCAGAUUUGCGUCUACCGAAAUGAAGACGACGACGACGACGCAAGCAGCCGUUCGAUGCUCUACGUUUCCGAGUAUAAACCACCGCACAAGCUUACUGCGCCACAUCUCCGCGUCGGUCUGCGCUCGAUGAAUAUACACAAGGAAGUGGUCAGCCGUAAGAUGAUCCCCACAUCAGUUGACCCAGACGCCCGAUUUCAGUAUCACGCGGAGAGACUCACCGCAGCCGCCAUCACACAGACCUAUCACUACAUGAUCGAAGGCGGACUCGAGCACGGCCUGUUGACGACGGGCGAGGCGAUCGUCUUCCUGAAGGUUGACUGGCGCGAGCCUGGGACGCUGUUGUAUCAUCUGGCGGAGCCCUUCGCCGAGGUGGAAGCUCACCCCAAGCAUUCCCACCUCUGUACAGCAGUUGCCCAAUACUUAGCCUUCAGCCUGAUGGCCCUUGGCGCGCCUAGCGAGAGAAGGCUGCAUGGACAGGAGGAGCGGCAACGAGCCAUCGACAAGUUGAAGACGUGGAGGGAAGACUUCGAGACGACGCUACGAUCGAUUCCAGACGAAGAAAGGCAGCCACCGGACAGCUCUCCGGGCUACGAACCAAACGUCUACAAGGACGUCGACAGAUCUCCCUACUUGCUCCGGAGGAAGAGACGAGUACAGGCGAGGGACAGGCAUACAAGGGAGCAAGUGAGGAGGGAUCCAAACGAAUCCUCCGACGAGGAGCAGAGACGGGACGUGCCAGAUACACCCACUCCUACGGAACGGCGGAUGUGCGGAAAGGGCCCUCAAAGCCAGGCGGACCAGGGCAGUCAGGGAACGCGACGCAGUAGGCGAGUCCUGGCGCGUCAACCGCGAGGUGAUAGCGGAGGAGAAAGCCACUUCAAACAUACGCCAUACUGCACCCAAAAGUGCUUGUUAGGGCUUGUCGGAGGCGCUGUCCUUGACUCAGCGUGCCCGAAUAAGCUGCUCCACUGCGAGAAGCCUGCUAACAACCGCCGCUGCCGUAGACGAGAACGCGCAGAUGUUCAUCAUCCAAUCGACCAGACGGGGUUUCUGAGGCUUCUUAGGGAACAGCUAAAGCGGUCCUUGGACCGUGGGAUCGUGCCCUUGCGACAGAAUGGUGCUCGAGGAAUCUUGUUCAAAGUGAGCUUGCUCGCGUAUGGCUACACCUUUGUCAGCAAAGGCACAGUAGAGGCAUUCAUCAGUGACCUUCAGCACGAGGCAGAGAUUUACGAACAUUUGCGGCCCAUUCAGGGUGUGCACGUACCAAUUUUCCUCGGAUCUAUCGACAUUCGAACGAUCAACAGAAAGUAUUUCUACGACCACCGAGUGUAUGUGGUGCACAUGACAUUUCUGUCGUGGGGAGGACAGAAUCUCUGCGGAGUAGACCGCGUGGACAUUGGAGAUGAAACCCUGAUAGCGAUGGCAACGCGGUCGUUGAAUGCAGUCCAUGAUUGGGGUGUUGCCCACCAAGAUGUGCGGGAGGAAAACGUGCUGUUCAACAAGGAGGUCAAGGGGAUCAUGAUGAUCGACUUCGAAAGGGCGCAGUUUGCGAAGCCACCUCGCCGUCCACUCACGCAACUCAUACCGAACAAGCGAAGACGGACGGCACAGAUGACCAAGUGCGGCAAGCUCGCAGCCCAGUCAAGGAAUCGAGAUGAAGAUGACGGAAAAUUUUCGGCUGACAUUGAGAUGGUAGGGACAAUUUUGGGGCAGCGAUCCACUCAUUAG